AUGGAUUUAUCGGAGGGUGGUAACGUAAUUCUGGCAACGGCUAUGGUGCUCGUCAAAGACUCGACAGGCGCGUACAAACUUGGUAGAGCCUUACUCGAUUCAUGCUCCCAAGUAAACUUCAUCACCGAUGAUUUCGCUCAAAAACUUCGGCUUAGCAGAGAAAGGCAUUAUGUCGGCAUUCGGAGUAUUGGUGAAUCACUCACCAAUCUCAAGGCACGCACAACAACUACCAUCAAAUCACGCACUUCAUCGUUCGAACUUUCAUUGCAAUUUGGAAUUACUUCGCAAAUCGCAUAUCAACCUGACAGUGAAAUUGACACUUCAACUUGGAAUCUGCCAGCCAAUACCACAUUAGCAGACGAACUGUUCUUUAAAUCGCGGCGCAUCGAUUUGUUGCUUGGCACAGAGGCCUUCUUCGACGCACUUUCUGUUGGUCAAAUACGACUGGGCUCUAACUUACCUACGCUUCAAAAAACUUUGUUCGGUUGGGUCGUUUCAGGCAGAUAUCAACGUCAACGUCAGGCGGUAUCUGCGUCUUAUCUGCUGUCAAACGAAAGCUCUAUCGAUGAAAAUCUACAGCUGUUAUGGGAGCUUGAAGCAGUCGACACAACAGUCAAACCGAUUCAGCCUGGACAUCGUAUAUGCGAAAACUACUUCUUAGCUACUACUCAUCAGGACGCUACAGGACGCAUAGUCGUAAACCUACCUCUCAAAGACAGUCCAAAUCGCCUAGGAAAGUCGCUUGACAUCGCUCGCCGCCGAUUUAUCGCAAUUGAAAGACGACUGCUUAAUUCACCUGACAUUCGACAACAAUACAUUUCGUUCAUUGAAGAAUACGAAAGUCUUGGUCACAUGUCUGCCGUUGCAGCACCUAAAUUGGAAGAAUCACACUACUACAUCCCCCAUCACUACGUGCUUAAGCCCAAUAGCGAAUCAACCAAACUACGAGUGGUGUUUGACGCCUCAUGUCGCAAUACAACACAAACAUCACUGAACGAUCUGCUGUUAGUGGGGCCUACAAUCAAGAGGAGCUGUAAAUUCUACUGUUGCGGUUCCGGUUAUAUCGAUAUACCAUAA